AUGAUCCCGUGUACGAAUACUCCACCGGAAAUCCGUACCACUCCAGAUUCGUGGGGUGAUGCCUUUAAUAGACUCUACGAUAGGCAAUGUGUAUCACAGUGUGGCGUCGUUUGUCCACUCGAUAAAAGUGGAGAUUGUGCGAAGAUCGGGGUAAUCUACCAGCUAAAAUGCUUGACGUGCAAUGUCAUUCAUGUUGGAGGAACUGGUAGGAUGACGAGCCUGCUUAUCAAAGAACAUUUGGCUGGUAAAAGGCGUGGAAAUACGGAGACACCAUCAGGGCGACAGAAGAAUGAGAAAGAUGAUGGAAUUGAGUUUGAAAUAAACUGCACGAUAUUAGCCCACGAGAAAGAAAUAUCUGCAACGAAGACAUUGGAAACAUUCUGGAUUUCCGUCAGGAAUCCAUACAUGAACAACCAAAAAUGA